AUGGCCGACACAACCUCUGCUGCCCCCGCAGCCGCCCCCGCUGAGGAGCCCAAGACUGUACAGAUCAAGACCGAGCAGGCGCCCGAGGCCGCGGAGCACGACGGCGAAGAGAUCCUGGACCUCAAUGGCAGCGACAAGAGGAGCGACGGCCGCGACCGCCGCGACCGCCGCGAUGACCGCGACAACCGCUCUGGCGGCCGUGGAGGACGCGGUGGCCGUGGACGCGGUGGCCCCCGCGGCGGAGGCGGCUUCAAGAACAGGAAGGCGCGCAGCAACGAGUUCGAGGACCUCCCCGAAAGCGACGACCCCGUCGAGAUCCGCAACCAGGUCGAGUUCUACUUCUCCACCCACAACCUCGUCACCGACGAGCACCUGUUCAGGGAGCUCGAUGGCCCCAAUAACCGCCCCGUCAGCAUCAAGCACAUUGCCGACUUCAAGCGCAUGCGCCGCUUCCAGCCCUACAGCGCCAUCGUGAACGCGCUGCGCGAGAGCAAGGACCUCGUCGUUGUCGACGAUGGCGACUACAACGGCUCCGGCAAAGAGGCCGUCAAGCGCAAGGAGCCCAUCUCCGUCCCCGCCAAGGACGAUGACGAGAAGAACCCGCCCUCCACCACCGAUCUCUUCUUCCGCCUGCAGCGCGCCUCCUCCAACGACCUCAGCAGGAGCGUCUACGUCAAGGGCUUCGGCGGCGAGGAAGCCGGCCAGAUCGCACUGGAGCAGUUCUUCCGUCCCUACGGCGCCGUCAUGGUGCGCAAGAGGCGCGAGGCAGACGGCACCUUCAAGGGAAGUGUCUUUGUCGAGUUCGACUCCGAGGACAGCCAGAGGCAGUUCCUCGCCCUCGACCCCGCGCCCAAGUUCAAUGACAACGAGCUCACCAUAAUGGGCAAGAAGGAGUACUCGGAGAUGAAGUGCAGGGAGAAGGGCAUCAAACCCGAGUGGGAGCGCUCCGAGUCGGACAGGCGCGAGCACCGCGACGGUCGUGACAACAGGUCUGGCGGUCGGGGCGGUCGCGGUGGCCGCGGUGGCCGCGGCGGCCGCGGUGGACGUGGAGGACGAGGCGGCCGCGACGACCGCAACCGCCACGAUCCUCGUUCCAGGCGCGACCGCAGCGGCUCUGUCGACGGCGACGACUGGAAGAACCGCCGUGACCGCUUCCAGAACGGCAAGGACGACCAGCCCAAGGAGACCAGGGAGAUUGAGCGCGAUGCCCACGGCGUCCCGGUGGUCAAAGACACAAACAACAAGCGCAAGGCUGAUGACGAGGCGGGUGGUGAGGACAAGAAGAGCAAGCUGGUGAUCAAGGAGGAUGCAUAGACACCGAGCGCAGCGAGACUGUCUCCGAGCAAGGAGAAGCGCAGGCGUGGAGCAUCGUGAGUGGUUGAUGCGUUGCAUACACGGCGUUACGGUUGUUCAUUGCUAUGGUUCUCGAUACCAUCACGAUUGGGCUGGGCUGGGUUGGAAAAGUAUCAUUAUCUCAUACAUAGUUACGCUUGCCUCGGUAUCGAAUGAAUCGAUUACGGCUGUCUUGAACAUUGUUCAUG